AUGCAGAACUUGAAGAUUAUGAAUGACAUACCAGUUCCAGGUGGGAAAGAGGAGCAGAAUUUGGAGUUGCACGAUAAUGAGCAAGGUAGACCUGUGAGACGAACCAGUACAGCACAUCAGUUUGUGACAAGCCAAAACAGGAAUAGCAAUGCUAUAAGGAAUGAAAUAGUGCAGUCCGCCAUCAAUUUUCUUGGGCAACGUAUGAACACAGAAAAUGAUGGCACAGUUGAGAGUUUGAUGAGUAUUCUAGAAGCAUCUUCAUCUAAGGACUUAAUUUUGGCCAGUAGAAAUCUUGUUUCUUCGAUUCUUGGACCAAGCUGCCUGUCAGAUUUUGUCAGUGAUGUUUGCAAGUCAUGGAACAACCUGGCCAAAAUUGAGCAUGUUGAGGUGGAAGACACUGGAACUAUGUAUGCUCUUCGCCUUAGGAAGAUGAUACAGGCAAGUACUGGUUUACUUAAGAAAUUCCUAGCAUCUUUUCUUACCCUUGUCCCUCACAGCAUGGCAACUGAACGAGUUGUUUCUCAUUAUAACAAUGUGAAGACAUCGGGCAGGUCUUCGCUUAAUCCUGAGACAAUAAAUGGUAUAUUGCAUAUUUCUCUGAAUGGAAAGGGUGCAUCCUUUUUUGACCCAAGACCAGUGGUAUCAGAGUUCUUAACUUCGAAAGAAAGAAGAAACCGAGAGCCGUGUGAAGAACUGUACAAACAAAGGGAAUUUGUGAAACAUUUCUUCAAGCAAGAAUCCGGAUGUCUGUGA